AUGAUUGGCAGUGUGAAAAAUAUAUCCCAAACUUGACAGUUAGAUUUUAUAUAUUUAAGUUGUAUGCGUUGAAAAAGCAAAGACUACUAGGUAAGCCGCUAGAUUUUGAGAGCGAAGUAUGUCCAAGACGGUGACGAUGGGAAGGCCGAACGAGCAUAAUAUCCUAAUCAUGGUGUGAAUGAGAAGAUGAUCGCCACUUGUACAUAAGGGGACGCAAUUGUAUUGAUUUUGUAUGAAUUGUCGCCACACCUGGUGUGAUUAUAUAUUUAUCUAUCCAUAAAUUUACGACUAAGAUUGAAAAUAGCGAACCACGGUCUAACGUAUAUGCGAAGCUAGAGAAUAUAAACGACGACCAAGUGUUCCAAGUAUGAGGCGCUCAAUCGCUGCUACGAAUUUCUUACUGUUUGUCAAACGCUUCUAUGUCGGAUGAAAUUAAAGGUCGAUUACUGUAUAUAUGGAUGAAUUCCACUUAUGGAGGACGAUUGCAAAAUUUCAAGGCACUAGAUUGCGAAAAUGGAUUUGUUAAGGUCGUUCGAAAAGCAUCCCUCAAUUUCAAUGUUGGAGGACCACUGACGACGACGGCAGAUUUGGAUCCGCUUGUGAUUAUAAUUGAACAUGAAAGGGUGGUUGCCAGCCGGAUGGGAUGAUGAAAAUCUGACUGACGAUGAUGAUUAUUAUGUGGAUUCUCUUGUCCGUACGGCGAAGAAUUUAAAAAUUACAGUAGUUCCUGAUAUCACUACUGGAGCUGGACUUGACGGUCAGAAUUUCGAUGGUGAGCUAAAUGAAGAAGUACGUGUUUGGUUUGAACAAUUUAAAGAAAGAUAUAACACAUACAAACAAACCCCAACUACAAAACAGCAAAUGAAAGCGUUGCUAAUGAAAGAUCCUCAGCCAUUGAUACUGGCAUUAAAAUUGUUCGCAUCUUGUCCGGGUUGCACUUAUUUGAAGAACAAAAAUCUGGCUCUUUUCAUUCUUGAAUCCGUUUGUGAAUUGUAUAAUCAAUAUCCAGUCAUCGCUUCAAAUUGUGAUCACAAUACACGUAUGGUCGCCUUUAAUUUUAUUAAGACAUGCGGCAUAUUACCACUGUACAAAGCUGUGAUAAAAACAUAUGAACUUCAUAAAAUAACUGAACUCUUAAAACCAAAACUAAGAGAAUUACUGACAACUGGGCAUUUUAAAGAUGCUGCUUAUUGGUCGACCCUAUUAAAUGUUACUCAUAUAUUCGGUCUGUUCGAUUUGGUAUUUCCGCUGAUACUGCAGGAUCGAAUUUCGUUGGCCGAGGAGUUUCUAAUGAAUGCCAAAUAUCAACAAUUGCCGACAGUGCAAUUUUUGGACUCACUAUUGGACAAGAAAAAGACUGUUUAUGAGCAUUGCGAGGAAAUAUUAAAGAAAUAUAAUUACAUAGAUAUAAAACAAAAUAUACUGCUUUACCGUCCCAUGUCAAAAUUAGUAACUAGAUUGUCGAAAAAGUUUAAUAUCGACAUUGAACAUACACCAAAUCUAAGGUAUUCGAAAUCUAGUUCAUAUCUUCACUACCUAUAUCGCAAAUAUCAGGAGGGCGGAAUGAGCUUUGAUUCAUGGCGUGAGUUAGCCCGCGAUGAAGCUAAUAAAAGUAAAUCCCUUCAAUUGGAUCUUAUAACAAAAAUAACGCAAUAUGAUAAAAAUGAGGCUAUGUUUUGGGUGCAAUUAUAUAACGUACCCAUUGAAGAUUGCCCUUUACCGAUACAAUUGAAAAUGCGAAACUUUCCUAUGGAUACGGGCGAUGAGAAACAAAAUUUAAUUGACGAUUGGGCAGAUUAUUCCGCACUUAAAGAAAAUGAGAAAAUUGAAGGUGCUUCUUGUCUUGCAGUGGACAAAGAAGAAUAUUUAGGUUUGCAGCUAUCGCUUGACUGUGUAAUACUUAUCGAUAGUAAACCAAAGUUCCUGGAAAUGUUAAAAUAUUUGGAACAAUAUGUUUUAAUUGCGUUCGACUCCGAAUGGAAGCCAUCUGUUUGUAAUGAUAAUAUUGUAUCUCUUUUGCAAUUAUCAACGGCGGAAAAAGUUUUUCUCGUAGACUGUCUUUCAGCUCAAUUAGAUGACCGUCUUUGGAAAUUGUUGGGCUCUAAGAUUUUCAAUAAUUUGGAAAUUUUGAAAAUUGGUUUUUCUUUAGACCAAGAUAUACGCAUGCUACACAAAACCCUGCCGUUGCAAUUGAAUUUACAAGCCACAUCGUGUUAUCUGGAUAUGCGGGAUUUAUGGCAUCGCCUUAAAUACAUGCCAAUCAUUAAGUUUCCCUAUGAUCAACAAACGUUGGGUGGCGAAAGUUUGAGUGUGUUGACCGAACUCUGUUUGGGUAAAAAACUCGAUAAAUCGAAUCAAUGUUCAAAUUGGGCUAAUCGCCCAUUAAGACGUGAUCAACUUAUAUAUGCUGCAUUAGAUGCUCAUUGUUUGAUACUAAUUUAUCAGGUUAUCUCUGAAUUAUUAUUACGUUUGCAUAUUGAUAUUGAUACCAUAGUAGAGGAAAUUACCACAUCGAAGAGCGGUUACUUGUUUCGCAUAAAGUCGACAGCACACUCAAAUGAGAUUUGCAAACAACAAUAUCGAAAAAAUGCAAACGAACUGGAUAAAGUAUUAGAUUUUAAAUAUUUAAGAAACUCAAACGUGAAAUUUAUUUGUGACUCAAUGCUAGUUGGACUGACAAAAGAAUUGCGUAAAAUGGGUUUGGAUUGUUAUCAAAUAUUCAGUUAUAGUGAUCUAGAUAAAUGCAUUGAAUUGGCCAAACGAGAAAAACGUUUCGUAUUAACUCGUGAUUCUCGUUUUCUGUUAUUUUGUCGUGAAGUUCCGGAGAAUCAAUGCUUGCAAAUACCAUCAGACACAACGGAAAACCAGACCAUUCAUCUGUUGCAACACUUGAACAUACAAAUUGAUGAGAAAGAUGUGCACAGCCGUUGCGUGAAAUGUAAUUGUAAAGAUUUCUUAUUGGCGACACGUUCUCAAAUCCAUACUAUGCGUGAUGGCUACAUGGACAAUUUAAAAGGCAUAAACGAAUCAACGAAAAUAAACCAUGAGUUCCUCAAGAGAUCUUGGAAUUUAUCUUAUAUAGAUGAGCAAAUUCUUAGCACGAAAAAAACUUGUCGUGGCAAACCGAUAAAAGUCGAUGAAAUUAAUCAACAUCUAUUAAAGACCAAGGAAUUCUUUUAUAUAUGUAACAAUUGCGGUAUUUGCUUAUAUGACGGUGCUUACUUGAUACAUCCAAAGGUUGCAUCAUAUCUCAGGCAAUACGCGUGUGAGAGUGGUAAUGGCGGUGUCUGUAAUGGUUCCCAUAUUUUUAAAUGAUUCGUCUAUUUGCACAAACUAUAUCAGUAUCUAAUUGGGUCGGAUAAUCUAUGAUUCUCGGGAUUUCUCGAACGACAAUUUCAUUUUAUCUACAUUUGUUUAUGUGAUUUUUGAUUUUAUUGUGUAUAUAAUGUGCAUAAUGUCAUGUGUUUCAGUACCUUAAAAUAAAAGCAUUUUACUGUUAUUCCUUUCACAAAUAAUAAAAAGAAGGAUAAAAGUAAAUAAGUAAAUUAAUA